UGGCGAAACAGCACGCUGGAAAUAGGCGCAUGAGGGUUAAUUCGGCUCAGGUCUACCGCAAGUGAAGUGCGGGCGCGUGUGCGACGUCCACUUUACCGGGAAUAUAUUCGGUGCGCCUCCCUUGCUGCUGUACCCGCCUUGAGGUCUCUUAUCUUCCUGUCGUUUUGUCUUCGUUUUUGGCCAUUUUUCGGGCUCUAGACAUCACCAGCAGCAAAAAUGGACGACAAGCCCGAAUACUCGCCUUCUACAGAGAAGCAGGCACCCGUCGUCGGCGAGGUCCAGCAAGGCGACUAUGGCGCAGACACCGAAUUGCGAAGACUGCUCUCGACGCGUCAUGUCACGAUGAUUGCGUUGGGCUCCUCCAUUGGUAUGGGAUUAUGGCUCGGCUCAGGAAAGUCUCUGGCUUCUGGUGGUCCAGCUGGUAUCUUCGUGGGUUACAUCCUCGCUGGAUCUAUGAUUUGGAGCGUCAGUCACUCUAUCGGAGAGAUGGCUGUCAUGUAUCCACUGCCUUCGGCUUUCGUGCAAUGGACUGGUAAAUUCGUCUGCCCCUCCGCUGCCUUCGCUCUUGGGUGGGCAUACUGGUUCAGCUAUGUCAUUACAAUCGCCAACGAACUGCAGGCAGUCUGCACUGUUCUCGGAUUCUGGACCGAUAAGGUACCAAUCGCGGGCUGGAUUACCAUAUUCUGGUUCGUCAUCAUCGGCAUAAAUGUCUUCGGCGUCAACGUCUUUGGUGAAGUCGAAGUCGUUUGCUCGACUAUCAAAUUCGGCUGGAUAUUCGUCGUCAUCUUUUCCCUGAUCGUUACCUCCGCGGGCGGCGCUCCAGGCCAUGGCCCCAUCGGCUUCCGCUACUGGAACGAGGAGCCUUUCAUCAAUGGCUUCAAAGGCUUUCUUUCCGUCAUGCCAACCUGCAUUUUCGCCAUGUCUGGCUCUGAAAACAGCGGUCUCGUCGCCGCCGAAACAGCGAACCCCAAGAAAGCCGUCCCCCGCGCCGUCGGUUCCAUUUGGCUCCGCUUAUCGCUUUUCUACCUUCUUGGAGCGCUGAUGGUUACUAUCAACGUAGACCCUCAGAACCCAGAUAUCUUCGGUGGAGAAGGAACCAAUGCGUCGCCGUUCGUCAUCGCGUACCGAGAGGCUGGACUACCCCCUCUCGCGCACAUGAUGAAUGCCGUCAUCUUCAUCUCCGUCGUCUCUACGGGUUCGAUCUCCGGCUACGCUGGCGCCCGCACAACAAUGGGUCUUGCUCACCUUGGUAUGGCACCCGCUGGCUUCAAGAAGGCCGACGGCACGGGGCGUCCCUGGCCGGGUCUCUUCAUUACUCUUACUCUAGGUGGUGGCCUUGCCUACCUUAAUGUCAACAACAGCGCCUCCGACGUAUUUACGUGGUUCUCCAAUCUCACCUCGCUCUUCACCCUUUUCGGCUGGGGCAUGAUCUGCCUCAGCCACAUUCGCAUGCGCUACACCUGGAAGCUCCAGGGCCGCGACGUCGCCGACCUGCCCUGGAAAUCAUGGACCUAUCCGUAUGCCGCAUGGUGGGGCCUCAUAUGGUGCAUCCUACUUAUCAUCUGCGAGUUCUACCUCAGCGUAUGGCCUAUCGGCGAGAAGCCCAACGCCGAGACCUUCUUCGCGAACUACGUCUCGGUCAUUGUCAUCAUCCUCUGCUACAUUGGAGCGAGAUUCUACUACAAGGGUCCAUGGUGGGUGGAUGCCAGCACCAUUGAUUUGGAUGCGAGCAGGCGGUUCUACGUCGAGAAUGAUUUGGAGAAGGCGAAGAAGACGGGGUUUAGGGCGGGUGCGUCCAAGGUUGUUGGAUUCGUGUUCAACUGAUCCGAUAAAUGGCGUGUUUGUCUGUUUGGAGGGGCGGGAGCUGAACUGGGCUGAUUCCUUGUGUUAGUAUGCAUUGUGCUUUCAGGUCUCUCGCUCAAUUAUUCGUCGAUGCGGAACCGCUGGGUGGAGAAAUUUAGAAUACGUGUUGAGUAGCCGGCAUGCUUCAAUCUAGAACCCAAUGCAUGUUCCCCUAUUUACUGCAAACAAA